GAUGGCUAUGCCAGCACAGUCACCUUUGUUCAGUGCUCCUUAAGAACCACCGAGGGAUAGACACAGCAAAUAAGAUACGGCUAUGAGAUGGCGAGGAAGCUCGGUGUGUUGGAAAUCUUUCUGUUCAUCUGCUUCCUAAUUGUAUUGGCCGCAGAUAUCUUCUUGCUGUUUCUGGUGCUUGAGGAUACUUCAGGUACUCCAUUUAGUCCACAGUGCACUGAGAUCCCUGAAUCACAUAGGAUAGACUGUGCGCCUGGCGAGAUGGUGUCAAAGGAAACCUGCAGGGAUAGAUAUAAGUGCUGCUGGAAGCCUGUGUCAGACACUAAUGUCCCCAGGUGCUUCUUCCCCAGGAACUGGGGCUAUGAAGUCAAUGGAAGCCUUAAAUAUGAAAACACAGGGUUAACUGCUGGCUUGAAAAAGUUGUCAAACCCAUCUCGGUUUGGAAAUGAUGUCUCUAAUGCCCACUUCACAGCUGAGUAUCAGACACCCAGGCGUCUUCGUUUUAAGAUCACUGAAACCAAUAACACACGCUAUGAAGUCUCCCAUGAGCAUGUUAAGCUGUUUAAUAUGACUGCUGGUUCCACCAACCAGAGCUAUUACGUCGAGGUCAUAGAGAAACCCUUUGGCAUCAAAAUAAUGAGGAUGAGCAACAAAAAAGUCUUGUUGGACACGAGCAUUGGGCCCCUCCUGUUCGCCAAUCAGUACCUGCAGCUGUCCUUCCUGCUGCCCAGCGCCAACGUGUAUGGGCUGGGAGAACACGUGCACCAGCAGUACCGCCACGACAUGGGCUGGAAGACCUGGCCCAUCUUCACCCGGGAUGCCACCCCCACCAAGGGCAUGAUUAACUUGUAUGGAGCCCACACAUUCUUCUUGUGCCUUGAAGACACCAGUGGCUCCUCUUUUGGGGUCUUUCUGAUGAACAGUAAUGCUAUGGAGGUUACCCUUCAGCCGGCUCCUGCAAUCACUUACCGCACCAUCGGGGGCAUUUUUGACUUUUAUGUGUUCCUGGGAGACACUCCAGAACAAGUGGUUCAGGAAUACCUGGAGCUCGUUGGACGGCCAUUCCUGCCUUCCUACUGGAAUCUUGGUUUCCAGCUUAGUCGCAGGAAUUAUAAUAACAUCAAGGGAUUGAAAGAGGUUGUAGACCGAACUCGUAAAGCUAGGAUCCCAUAUGAUGUUCAGUACUCGGACAUAGACUACAUGGAUGGAAAGAAGGACUUCACUAUUGAUGAAAAGGCUUUCCCUGGUCUCUCAGAUUUUGCCAAGAACUUACACGAACAUGGACAGAAAUAUGUAAUUAUUAUGAAUCCUGGCAUCUUACAUGAUUCUGAAUACCAGCCCUAUAAGAAUGGAAGAAAAAAGAGAGUAUGGGUCUUGGGGAAUAAAGGCUUUGUCACUGGAGAGGGAUAUCCCGGAAAGAUAGUCUUUCCUGCUUAUGAUAAUCCAACUUGUACUCAAUGGUGGACAGAAGAGCUUCAAGAAUUUCAUAAAACUUUGGAGUUUGAUGGAGUGUGGCUUGAAAUGGAGGAAGUAUCUGUUCUCCAAGGUUCUCAUCAUGGGUGUGAAGAUAACAACUGGAACUACCCUCCUUUCACUCCCCGAGUUCUGGACCGCUCGCUUUUUGCAGGAACCCUCUGCAUGGACGCCGAGGUUUACCAGGAGCUUCACUAUAAUGUCCACAGCCUGUAUGGCUACUCCAUGGCAAGAGCCACAGACUCGGCCUUGAAUACUGUCUUCCCCAAUAAGAGGAACUUCAUCUUAUCCCGUUCUACUUUUGCUGGGUCAGGCAAGUUUGCAGCUCAUUGGUUAGGGGACAAUGCGGCUGCAUGGGAUGAUCUUCGAUGGUCCAUCCCUAGUAUCCUUGAGUUCAACCUAUUUGGCAUCCCCAUGGUCGGUGCCAAUAUCUGUGGUUAUAAAAAUAAUACCACAGAGGAGCUCUGCAGAAGAUGGAUGCAGCUUGGAGCAUUUUAUCCACUAUCCAGGAAUCACAAUGGGCCUGGGUUCAGGGACCAGGACCCUGCUGCCUUUGGUGAAGACUCUCAGCUGUUGAGUUCCUCCAGGCAUUAUCUGAACAUCCGCUACACCCUGCUGCCUUAUCUCUAUACCCUCUUCUACCGAGCUCAUACCCUGGGGGAAACUGUAGCAAGGCCCCUGGUCCAUGAGUUCUACCAGGACAAUGCUACAUGGGAUAUACAUGAGCAGUUCUUAUGGGGACCUGGACUCCUCAUCACGCCUGUGUUAUAUGAAGGUGUGGGCCCGGUGAAAGCAUACAUACCAGAUGCCAUCUGGUACGACUAUGAGACAGGAACAGCCAUCCAAUGGAGGAAACAAUUGGUGGAGAUGCUACUGCCCCCUGAUAGGAUAGGACUUCACCUUCGAGGGGGCUACAUAUUUCCCAUCCAGCAGCCAAACACAACCACAGAGGCCAGUCGGAAGAACUCCCUGGGACUCAUUAUUGCCUUGGACUACAAGAGAGAAGCAAAGGGAGAGCUGUACUGGGAUGAUGGUGUAUCUGCAGAUGCUGUAACGAAAAAGAAUUACAUUCUGUAUGAGUUUUCUGUCACCUCGAACCAUCUACAAGCAAAGAUUACAAAUAAUUAUAUGGACCCUGACAACCUCACGUUUACAGAUAUCAUAAUCUUGGGAAUGGACAAAGAACCUACUAAUUUUGUCCUUAAUGAUGCUGCCAUUUUAAACGUUAGCUACAAUGCAUCAACGAAGGUGGUGAAAAUCACUGAUCUCGAGGGACUGGUAUUGGGACAAGAAUUCUCCAUGAGGUGGACUCUUUUGGUCAGUGACCAAGAGAAGUUCAACUGCUACCCCGAGGAGCCCACUGCCUCUGAGGAGAAGUGCAAGCAGCGGGGGUGCCUUUGGGAGAACACAGUUGUUCCUGGUGUGCCCACCUGUUUCUAUGACACCAUCCCUAAGUAUGCUCCCAGUAAUAUUCAGUAUUCGCCCACUGGCAUCACCACAGACCUUACCCACCUGACAGCCCCUGAGUCAGCUCGAGCAGCAGCACCAUCAUCACAGAGCACGCGACAUACACCUGCAGCAGCAGCCACCACCUCUCCCCCUCUUUCUGCAGAGAUCAGCUCCCUUAGGAUCAGCGUGAUCUACCACACAGAAAGCAUGCUGCAAUUCAAGAUCUAUGAUCCCACUAAUAAAAGGUACGAGGUCCCAGUGCCUCUGAAAAUCCCUUCCUCUCCUGUUGGCUCGCCUGAAAACCGUCUGUAUGAUGUCAGGAUUCAAAACAAUCCUUUCGGGAUCCAGAUUCAACGAAAAAGCUCCAGCACUGUGAUUUGGGAUUCUCAGCUCCCGGGCUUCACCUUCAACGACAUGUUCCUUUCCAUUUCUACUCGCCUCCCCUCUGAGAACAUCUAUGGCUUCGGGGAAACUGAGCACACAACUUUCAGAAGAAACAUUAGCUGGAACACAUGGGGAAUAUUUUCUCGAGAUGAGCCACCAGGGUACAAGAAGAAUUCCUACGGUGUCCACCCCUACUACAUGGGACUGGAGGAGGAUGGCAAUGCCCAUGGAGUGCUUCUGCUAAACAGUAAUGCCAUGGAUGUGACAUUUCAGCCUACUCCUGCCCUGACAUAUCGCACCACAGGAGGGAUUUUGGACUUUUAUGUAGUUUUGGGGCCAACUCCCGAGCUUGUAACCCAACAAUACACUGAGUUGAUUGGUCGGCCAGCAAUGAUUUCAUACUGGGCCUUGGGAUUCCAGCUGAGUCGCUAUGGAUACCAGAAUGAUACUGAAAUCUCCAAUUUGUAUGAUGAAAUGGUGGAAGCCCAGAUUCCCUAUGAUGUUCAGCAUGUAGACAUCGAUUACAUGGACCAGAAGCUGGACUUUACCCUCAGCACCAGCUUUCAAAACCUUAGUCUGCUGAUGGAGCGAAUGAAGAAAAAUGGCACAAGAUUUGUCCUCGUUCUGAAUCCAGGCAUUUCUCGCAACGAGACCAAGUAUCUCCCAUUCACCACAGGGCAGGAAAAGAAUGUAUUCAUCAAAUGGCCUAACAGCAGUGACAUUGUCUGGGGAGAGCUGUACAAAGCCCACAUCGCUUAUCCUGACUUCCUGCGUAACAGCACAGCUACUUGGUGGAAGGAGGAGAUAAAAAAGCUCUACACAAGCCCAAAGAGCUUGAAGUUCGAUGGACUGUGGAUCGAUAAGAAUGAGCCAUCAAACUUUGUGGAUGGAUCUGUCAGUGGCUGCCGUGAUGAAAUUCUUAAUAAGCCACCAUAUAUGCCAUAUUUGGAGUCCAGGGACAGGGGUCUCAGCAGCAAGACCCUGUGCAUGGAGAGCGAGCAGAUCCUGCCCGACGGCUCCCGGGUGCGGCACUACGAUGUGCACAGCCUGUACGGGUGGUCCCAGACCAGACCCACAUACGAAGCUGUGCAGGAGGUGACGCAUCAGCGAGGGAUCGUCAUUACCCGCUCCACGUUCCCUUCUUCUGGCAGCUGGGCAGGACACUGGCUGGGAGACAACACAGCUGCAUGGGACCAGCUGAGGAAGUCUAUCAUUGGCAUGAUGGAGUUCAGUCUCUUUGGAAUACCUUAUACAGGAGCAAAUAUCUGUGGAUUCUUGGGAAAUGCUGAAUAUGAGAUGUGUCUUCGCUGGAUGCAACUGGGGGCAUUUUAUCCAUUUUCCAGGAACCACAACACCAUCGGGACAAGGAGACAAGAUCCUGUGGCCUGGAAUUCAACCUUUCAGACGUACUCAAGAAAAGUCCUCCAGACCAGAUACACCCUGCUGCCUUACCUCUAUACUCUGAUGCACAAAGCUCACGUUGAGGGCAGUACUGUUGUCCGCCCUCUCCUCCAUGAGUUUAGAGAAGAUAGGACAACGUGGGAUAUAGACCGUCAGUUCAUGCUGGGCCCUGCCAUCUUAAUCAGCCCCGUGCUGACAAGUAACACGUUUGAGGUCCAUGCUUAUUUCCCCAGAGCCCGUUGGUAUGACUACAGCAUGGAAUCUGGCAAUACAUCGACAGGUGAGUGGAGAAUCCUGGAGGCUCCCCUUGACCACAUCAACCUUCAUAUCAGAGGAGGCUACAUCUUGCCUUGGCAGGAAGCUGCAAUGAACACUCACUCCAGUCGACAACUAUUUAUGGGAUUGAUUGUUGCUUUGGAUGACAAUGGGAAAGCUGAAGGUCAGAUGUUCUGGGAUGAUGGACAAAGCAUUGAUACCUAUGAAAAAGGAAACUAUUUUUUGGCAAACUUUACAGCAAGUCAGAACAUAUUGCAAAUCCAGACCAUGCACAAUAAGUAUUUGAAUGAGUCAAAUGAGCUGAAAGUUGGAUAUAUUAAAAUCUGGGGGAUUCAUUCCACUUAUGUGACACAAGUCAAUGUCACCUAUAACAACGAGCAAUUCACGACAAUGAAUUUCACGAGUGACCCCUACAAUCAGACACUAACUAUUCAACUGAUUGACAAGAUUUUCAGGCUGGAAAAGUUAACCGAGGUCACUUGGAGUCACGAUGUUCCCGACGUUACUACUACACCUAUGACGAGUACCUUCUCAUCAACAUCUCCAGUUCCUACAUCUACUAUUAUUGCUACCAUUUCUGAGUCUAUUGUCACUAGUUUUGCUUCAAGUACUAGUUCUGCUAGCAAUAGUACUGCCUCUCCUAUUAUAACCACUUCUUUCCCAACAAGUACUAUUGAAGAUACACCUGGUACUAUUGUUCCUAAUACUCCUUUCCCUACAAAUAGUACCACUGCUAGCACUGGUACUGCCUUUCCUAUCACAACCACUAAUACAACUACUCUUUUCCCUACAAAUACUACCACUGCUAGCACUGAUACUGCCUUUCCUAUCACAACCAGUAAUACAACUACUCCUUUCCCUACAAAUACUCCUUUCCCUACAAAUACUACCGCUGCUAGCACUGGUACUGCCUUUCCUAUCACAACCACUGAUACAACUACUCUUUUCCCUACAAAUACUACCACUGCUAGCACUGGUACUGCCUUUCCUAUCACAGCCACUAAUACAACUACUCCUUUCCCUACAAAUACUCCUUUCCCUACAAAUACUACCGCUGCUAGCACUGGUACUGCCUUUCCUAUCACAACCACUAAUACAACUACUCCUUUCCCUACAAAUACCCCUUUCCCUACAAAUACUACCGCUGCUAGCACUGGUACUGCCUUUCCUAUCACAACCACUAAUAUAACUAAUCCUUUCCCUACAACUACUCCUUUCCCUACAAAUACUACCACUGCUAGCACUGGUACUGCCUUUCCUAUCACAACCACUAAUACAACUACUCUUUUCCCUACAAAUACUACCACUGCUAGCACUGAUACUGCCUUUCCUAUCACAACCACUAAUACAACUACUCCUUUCCCUACAAAUACUCCUUUCCCUACAAAUACUACCGCUGCUAGCACUGGUACUGCCUUUCCUAUCACAACCACUAAUACAACUACUCUUUUCCCUACAAAUACUACCACUGCUAGCACUGGUACUGCCUUUCCUAUCACAGCCACUAAUACAACUACUCCUUUCCCUACAAAUACUCCUUUCCCUACAAAUACUACCGCUGCUAGCACUGGUACUGCCUUUCCUAUCACAACCACUAAUACAACUACUCCUUUCCCUACAAAUACCCCUUUCCCUACAAAUACUACCGCUGCUAGCACUGGUACUGCCUUUCCUAUCACAACCACUAAUAUAACUAAUCCUUUCCCUACAACUACUCCUUUCCCUACAAAUACUACUACUGCUAGCACUGGUACUGCCUUUCCUAUCACAACCACUAAUACAACUACUCUUUUCCCUACAAAUACUACCACUGCUAGCACUGAUACUGCCUUUCCUAUCACAACCACUAAUACAACUACUCCUUUCCCUACAACUACUCCUUUCCCUACAAAUACUACCGCUGCUAGCACUGGUACUGCCUUUCCUAUCACAACCACUAAUACAACUACUCCUUUCCCUACAACUACUCCUUUCCCUACAACUACUACUGCAGCUAGCACUGGUACUGCCUUUCCUAUCAUAACCACUAAUACAACUACUCCUUUCCCUACAACUACUCCUUUCCCUACAACUACUACUGCAGCUAGCACUGGUACUGCCUUUCCUAUCAUAACCCCUAAUACAACUACUCCUUUCCCUACAAAUACUACUAAUACUACCACUGGUACUGCUGGUCUUAUUACCACUGCUCUUUCCCCAACAGAUACCAAUGUUACUAGCACUAAUAAUACGCUUCCAAUUACAACUAUUCCUUCUCUUACAAAUACUGAGACUGAUACUACUAGCAUGGAUUCAGUUACUACAAAUGUUUUAAAUACUACCACUGCUAGAAACACAAAAACAACUACAGCUAUCACAACAGUUACUUUAAUAACAAAUGCUACUUCUGAACAAACUACUACUGUAAUCAUGUCAACUCUACCUCCUACAGGCACCCUUGGUAUCACCACCACAGAUAAUGCACUGACCAGAAUCAGUACCACUACUUAUCCUCCAAAUACCCCUACCCAUGCUUUAAGUACCACAUCCAGGAGCACUCAAAGCACCACCAAUACAAAUAUUACCAAUAUGACAACUGGUGUUACUGACAUUAUAAAUACUCCCACUAGAAACAGCUCAGCUACUAUUGAUAUAAUAAUUACUAGUACUCAAGACAUUGCCACUUCCUCACAUAUGAACAUUACAGAUAUUAAAUCUACUACUAAAGUCACAGCGUAUACUACCACCAUCACUACAUCUGUUUUCAGCACAAAAACUACAAAUUCAAACACUACUUCUGACACCAUCUUUACAAACACUUACAUUCCAAGUACCACAGCUAUUCCCACCACCAAUACUUUAAAGAUUACAGAGCAUUCAGAAAAUAUUGCUGAUGCAGAUAACUCCAGGAGUGUUUUUAUUCCAAAUACUACAGUAGCCUCAGAUUCAUUAGCACCUUUUCUAGAUACAGCAACACACCAUCAUGUAACAACAAAUUCUACAACCAGUUUUUUACCUCUUAUUGUAACUAAUGCUACCACUGCUAUUACGAAUGUUACCAUUUAUGCUUCAAAUACUAUUAUUCCUGAUAGAACACCAAUGGAUGUUGCAAACACCACAAAUACUACUGUAGUUCCCUGA